CGCCGAGCGCCCCGAUCGCGCCCGACCGCAGCCCCGCGCCAUGUGAUGUUUUGAUCUGAGAGCAUUCGUCUGCGAUAUCGUAGAGACUCCUCCGAAUAUGAACGAGUAACGCUGCUAGAUUGAUCGAAGCUGGUCUUCUAUCGGUUCGGACUGCCGCGUGUCGAGUUUCUGUGGCCGUUGACACUGCAGGCUCCGGGUCCCGCAGUGCGCGAGUGUGUGAGCGAACGUAAAGACAUCAGCUGAGGCGCGUAAACAUUGGAUUGACUUUACCGAUUAAACUCUGAUAUGGCUCCAGCCUAGAUCUCCAACGAAAAUGUUCGGGAGCUGUCCAAAGGGCUCCAUCAUGCGGCGUCUCGUAUUGUUGUUAUUGGCAGGAGCCGCCCUGGGCGUCGAGGUUCACUUCGAGAACAAGGACAGCGGGUUCUUCAUCAAGCACACGGCGCGAUGGAACGGCGCGGGCCCCCCGCCGGAGCCGAUGGGCACAGCCCUCCCGGGCGCGCUGCUGUCCCUAGAUCGGUUCACCGUCCUGCAGGGCUCGGCGCCGGCGUCCGUCCGCGCCACCUACGGUCCAUUCUCGACGAAGCAGACGGUCCCCGCCCGCUACGCCGUCCCCGAUCCCCUAGAGCCCCCGAAACGUAACGCCUCCCUCAUCGAGCUGCAAGAUGCGACGGCUCACCGACUUGAUGUGUCGGCGCAUCUCGUGUUCAGGGAGCUUCCCAGAGAUGCUCCAGUUCUGAGGGUUCUGUUUCACACGGGAGGUGAGGGAGCGCGGAGAGCGGCCGCUCGACCUCGGCGGGUGUGCAUUACCCUCCACGCGAGCCUCGGUACCAAAACCCUGACGACGACCUGCGGGCCCGAGGGCGAGGAGGGGGCCUGCCUGGCCGAGCUGACGGUGCCAGCGGCCUGGUGGCCCGCGGACGGGAAGGGAAAGAGACCCCCUCGAACUAUGAAGCUGGCGUACAGCGCGGCGGAGGCGAGCAGCGGGGAAACCGGCGAGGGUAUUUGCGGCAAAGUGUCGGUUCAGCCGGCCUGGCCUCUGGGCACUGUUACCCUGGUCGGGGCUCGGGCGGGGUAUAGAGAGUCCCGAGCCGGGGACUCGGCUCUGCUACUACCGAGAGCCCCCCUCUACCCGCACUUCCGGUUCCACCUGCCGUUCGUUGUUCGACGAGAUUCUGGCCACACCAUUGGACAUGUUGUUAUAAGAAUGAAGGUGAAGUCGGGUCUGCGGCUGGUGAGCGUGUCCGCGGCGAGCUCGCAGUGGGCGGUUACGGCGGAGGUGAAGCCGCGCGCCGCCACCGUCACCGCCACGCGCCUCGAGCAGCCGCUGCGGGAUGACGAUGGCCUUAACAAAGAUGCAGAGGAAGCCACCGGCGCCGGAGGUCCAGGCUGGGAGGAGAUCCUCACCUGGCUGGUUGAAGUGGGCGCGGAGGGGGAGGGAGACACGGAGGCCUCCGAGGGGGAGUCGGGACGGGGCUCCGCUCGCAUCAGCUGGUCCGCCAAGAUAACGUCAUCAGCCAGCCCAGCGUCCACCACAGAGGAGAUGCCCCAUGAGCACAAGAUCAGCACCAGAUUGGAUAUUGAGAAGGACGAUAUACAAGCCGUGCUACCGAUUUCUAAGAACUGGGAGGUCCUGAACACCGCGGUGCUGACGGGUCGGCAGGUGUCUGCAGCGCUGAAGGUGCUCAUCGUGUCGCAGGCGGGACAGGUGGCUGACGUCACGCUGCAAAGCUCCUGUCACUCCGAGGACGAGAGCGUGCUUAAGGUGUCCUCGUCGUGCAGCUCCGUGUACGUCGACGGCUCCGAGAUCCGCGGCUCGUCGAACGCGUCGGUGAUAGUCAAGUACGGCACGUACACCGGCCUCGCGCGAUUCACCGUGUGGAUGCCCGAGUACCCACUCGAGAUCGACGUCGACGAUAAUCGAUUAUCCCAGAUCAAAGGCUGGAAAGUAUCAGACGAGGCGGGAUCAAAGGAGAGAUUACGGCGGUCGCUGUCGUCGCGCGGCUGGGGGCGGCCGGAGCCACCCAACACCCUGACUGAUCAGCGCUCCUGCCGACUCAGAUACCAGCAGAGCAACGUCGAGGUAUACGCGCGUUUCCUGGCAAAGGACCACGACUCCGGUCGCGUAUCAUACUUCGUGUCACGUCGGACGUGGUUGAAGGUCACGGAGCUGGUUCUCUCUCUCAUGCGGGUGUCCGACCCCCGUAUAGCGUCAUUACGGGAUAGGGUGCUGCAGGGCCGAAGUACUGGCAGGACGGAGGUGCAAGUGUUGUCGCCUAUUACUGGUCGUGUGAUCGGUCUCCGUGAGGUGCGUGUUGUCAACGACAAGGUGUCUAUCUCCCGUCUCCUGGUGCGCGUGAUCUCCGGCCUCCAGCUCAACAUCUCACCGGACACCGCCAUCGAGAACGGCUACGUGUCGGAGACCACUGUUACCAGGCGGCUGACGGCGCAGUACCAGGAGGGUCUAUUGGACAUUGACAUCGAAUUCUCCGACGGCAGCCACACGGCGCUGCGCGAUGUUGCCGUGUCGGACUAUUAUCUACUGGUCGAGAGUUUGGACACGGAGGUCGUCGCUUUCGCGCCCAUGCUGGCUUCCAAACAUCCGAGAGUUAUCGCUGUUGGAGAGGGCAGCGGUGAGCUCCUGCGCGUGACGCUCCUGACUCCGGACCAGUGUCGCUCCGGGCCGCUACGUCGGGUGGCGCUCCCGGGGAAAGGGGACACGAAGACCCCGGCCAAUAUCAAGAAUAUCCCCGGUGCUCUCGCGACGGCCGCCGCCAGCGUCGACGUGGACUUCAGCGGGGGGGAUUCCCCGCAGCGGCCCGAUACCCCGCAGAACGAUGACAUCAUGGCCCGAGGCGGGAUAAGAAGCGGCAUGGCGGAUCUGAGCGAUGUUUUGAAAGGAUUCUCACCGUUUAAAGACGAGAACAACCACGAGCCGACGGUGCAGGCGCAGCAGUACGGGUCCAUCUUCAAGGCCAACUCGGUGCACCCGCGACACCAUCAGAACAACUCCAUGUCGCAGGUCGAAAUUGGAAUGUUCGUGCUGCUUGGAGCAUUCUGCUUCGCGAUUGUGGUAUUCGUAGUAUCGUGCGUGGUAUACGCGUAUAGACUGAAGCCGGCGGAGGGUGGCGGCGGCGUGGUGGCGCCGGGCGCUCGCGCGGCCGAGGGCGGGCGGCUGCAGGCCCUCGGGCUCCGAGACCGCCCUCGCGAUUCCACUACUAAUGCACAUGAUUGGGUGUGGCUGGGUAGAGCAACCAUCGAACGCAAUGGCAACCGCGUGAACCGUAACUCCGCGCCACCGGACAAGAACAGCACCGAAAUGCGUAUAACCUCCAACCCGCUCAACUACAAUUACGUGGAUCCCGACGACGCGAUCAACGACAACGUCAUGGCGACGAGUUUCGACAACCCCAACUCCAUUGAGCUCCCGUCGCAGAGUGAGCGACGGGCGAUCGAUACGACGACGUACUGCAAGAAGCCGGCGCGGCACACCGGAGACGGUCAUUGGCAGUCGGAGGAGUACCGGCCUCCCGUGCCCCCGCACCGACACUCCUCCGCGCCCCCGCAGCCCCCGCGCAACACCAAUAAAAUUUUGCCGGACACUGUCAUGCCACCUACCCGGCGUAGUCAUUCCCGACACAAGAAGCACGACCGCGAUGACGCUACCAAGCGCUCUCCGGAGAAUGGACACCGAUCGGACCGAGUUAUUGAUCUGAAUAAAGAGUACCGCGGGGGGGAGUACGGGCGCGACUACCCCGAGCUCAGCGACUGCUCGCGCCUCUUCGAGUUCGACGCGCCGCUCGUCGCCGACAACAACGAGUUUGACAGCCUCGACCGGGGACGCACCUUCACUAAGCCCGAGAGCCCGGAUUAUAUGCACGACUCGGGGAUUGGAUUGCCAGAGGUACAGAUGAGACAUAAGAACAAGAAUAAGGAAGUAAACAACAAAGGUGAUUUCGUUGAGAUUGCCAACCAAAACAAAGGCGGUACGUCCCCGGAGGUGAAGAGAGCCACGAUCGUGGGUAACCCGAUGUACUCGCGGGGGGAGGGCGCUUCCCCCGCCCCCACCGCCCCCUCCGCCGCGCCCAUCGACCCCCUCGCGCUCGACGACCUGCACAUGGACUACGACCAGAUCAUGCACUACUUCCACAACCUCAAGGAAUCGAACGCCUGAGUAGAGCUGAUCAUUGCAAAGAUCCGGCAGGUAUUGUCUACGUUUAAAUAUCAGCAUAUCACCAAAGCCCCUGCAAUCGACGUAUACAAUGCACCGAACGCGGGCGCGGCCCGAGAGGAUACUACCAUAGACACG